AUGGCGUCGGCAAAAGCUCCAGUGUCCUUGAGACCGCUACCCGUGCGAGAUGUGUCCAAUUCGUCCAGUUCGGCCACUUCGUCUCAACCUCCUCCCCCAACGCCCACAUCGCUCAGAAAUCAUAACCCCCUCACCUCCAAAGUCACGACGGUUCUGUCAACCUCAUACGCCGACUCAGAAUUUCGGGACGCUCUACAGCUUCUCGACGGCAGGGGCCUGAAGAACACUCCCGAAACACGUCGGCAGUUACGCCUGGAGCUGCAGAAAGAGGUUAUUGACAGUAACGGUGAAAUCGUAUUUCAAUUUGGUCGCGUGGCAGACCAACUUCGCCGCAUAGGAGCUACCCUGGACAAGCUCAACAACAACUACCAGCAUGUGAGAAGUCGCAUCACCGCCGCGCACCAGAUUACAGACCCUAUCUUAACAGAAGCCUCUUCCUUGAUUCAUCAGCGGGCUGAGGUUGACUCAAAACAACACAUACUCAAGACUCUGCGUAGCCACUUCAUGCUUUCCGACCAUGAGGUUGCCUCCCUAACGUCGACUGCCGAACCUGUAGAUGACAGCUUCUUCACCGCUCUCACCAAGGCAAAACGCAUUAGCAAGGACUGUGAGAUCUUGCUCGGCUUUGAGAAGCAAACGCUUGGUCUGGAGAUCAUGGACCAGACAUCCAAGAAUCUCAAUCUCGCGUUUCAAAAACUGUACAAAUGGGUGCAGCGUGAAUUUAAAACGCUCAAUCUCGAAAACCCUCAGAUGAACUCAUCUAUUCGCCGCGCUAUUCGAGUCCUGGCAGAACGACCCUCGCUAUUCCAGAAUUGUCUAGACUUCUUUGCCGAAGCUAGAGAGCGCAUUCUCUCUGACUCUUUCAACUUAGCACUGACGGGUACGACGGAUUCGGGCGUAGAAGACCAUUCUGUGAAGCCCAUCGAAAUGGCCGCCCACGAUCCCCUGCGUUAUGUUGGCGACAUGCUUGCUUGGAUACACUCAGCGACAGUGAGCGAGCGAGAAGCACUCGAGAUCCUGUUCGUAUCAGAAGGUGACGAGAUUGCCAAGGGGCUGCAGUCAGGUCGGGCGAACGAGUUGUGGCAGCUUCUGGAUGAUGGAGAAGGGGACGCGGCUGGUGAUUACGACGCUCUGAAAGCGCUAAAUGAUCUCGUAGACCGAGACGUGUCCGGGGCGACUCGGAUUCUGCGCCAGAGGGUUGAGCAGGUCAUUCAGUCAAACGAGGAGACCAUCUUGGCUUACAAGCUCGCAAACAUUCUCGGUUUCUACCGCUUCACCUUCACGAAGUUGCUGGGCAGCCAGUGUGGCCUGCUGGAUCUCAUGUCUGGUCUUGAAGCAGGGGCACUCAGACAGUUCAGGUCACUUAUGCGAGACCAUAUUGCAACGCUGCAGGGUGACUUUCAACAAACGCCUUCUGAUCUUGGGCCGCCGGACUUCUUGCUCGACGCGUUGAAACAGCUAACUGCUGUUAUGAAGACAUAUGAGAUCUCCCUAGCGACUUCUUCGGACCGUGAGAGUGACUUCCAGCCAAUUCUCUCGGAGGCCUUUGAGCCGUUCUUGUCUGGGUGUGAAAACAUGGCCCGGGGUGUUGGCUCUCCAGCAGACGCGAUAUUCUUGACUAACUGCUUGCUUGCAGCCAAGCAGACGUUGGAGCCAUUUGAUUUCACCCAGAGAAGGGCGCAGCAGUUGCAAGAGGGAAUCGAGCGAGAGAGCGAGAAGCUCGCAGAUGGGCAAUACCAGUUUUUCAGGCGCGGUUCAGGGCUUGAAAAGAUACUCGACGCCUUGGGUAAGUUGACAACAGAAAGCAGCGAUGUUGGGAAGGCGGCAUCACUCGAAGUGUUGCAGCCAGAAGCCAUGAGCAGAGCCAGCCAGAUUCUUGACGACUUCCUACCGUCGGCAUUGAUGGAUGCUGUGGAGAACGUGAAGCACCUGCAAGACUCGGUUCUCGCAAGGGGACUCACGGAAAAAGCAGCUGCGAGGUUUUGCGACGACUUUGAGCAUAUUGAGCAGAUGCUGCUUUUGGUGGACGAGAUGGCCGGCAGAGAUGAGGAUGCUGAUGAAAAGCUUGAUGAACAUGUUUCAUUGCGCGCCCUGUUUCCCAGAACAACGGGGGAGAUUAGGGUGCUGCUGUCAUGA